ACCUGAUGCGCCCUCCAAUCCUCCCUAGACUCAGGUAGGCGGAAAGGAAGAGGAAUGUAGAGCUUUAUGCGGCACAACAGCGCGAAUACAGCCUAGACCGACUUCCCAGGAUUAAAAAUGACUUGAGAAGUGACUCGAGUAAACGUUUGGAGGUGGUGAAAAUGGGGCUGUGUUGUAGAAGUCUCAAGGAUGAGAAGAUCCUUAUGAAGAUGGGCUUGGGCCUGGUGCUGGCAGGACAUUUGAACUUCUUGCUGGGGGCACUCAUGCAAGGGGCUGUGCUAAGAGAUGUGAAAGUGAGCUCGCAGUUUGCCACUAUAGAGUACGCCAUCUCCAACAUCAUCGCUCUAGUGGCAGGACUGACGGCAAUUAUUGGUGGAAUAUCAGCCAUUGUACUUUCUAAAAACAUGAAAAACCAGCCCUUGAAGUGGUCGUUACUGGUGAUGAGCAUCCUGGCAUUCUUCUUUGGCUCCGCCUCUGCUGUGAGUGUCACUGUCUCCAUGGUAACAGCCAUCAGUAACAGUGGGAUGAGUCUGCUGACACAGUGCAACCUGCCAGGCAACAUCAGCGCCUACAAUACCUACCGCGUCACCAACGAGUGCCCGUUUGACCCCACACGCAUCUACGGGACUACUUUGAUCCUGUGGGUGCUGUUGAUCGUGAUGUCUUUGGUGGAGGUGGUGUUUUCUGGACGUUGUUUUGUGGCCUGCACAGCCUUCCUGAGGCUGCGAUGCCCCUGGAGAAAGAGAGCUGUUAACGCUUCCAGGGUGCGCUUUCGUACACCAGAGCCUGUACCAACGUCGCCCAUAACAGUGUCGCACAUCGAUGGACCAGAAGAGGGGGAGCCAUCGGAGCAACAUGAUCUUCUACAUGCAGCAACAUCCCCUGAGGAGACCAGUGAUUGGCUGUGAGCAAGGUGCAAAAUACAGGGGAUUCUGGGGAGGUCCCUAAUUAACACCCUGGACCCCCUGAAUGUUCAAAAUCAAAAUUCUAGGGGUCCCUGAAAAUAAACUUAUGAUGUUAUGUUGUCCGUUAGGGAAAAAUAGACAUUCAAAUACAAAUUCAGGGAAAAGUCAUUGUUUAACCUGCUUCACUCUUGAAACAGUGAGCUUCUGUCUUUAAUAUUUUUAAAUAACUAGUGAUGCAGCACUGGUCUGCCUCAGGGUGGCACUGUAGCACAUUGGUUCUCCAAGAUGUCCUUCAUAGCUUAGCAGCUGUAACUAUGCCUAGGAUAAUUCAGAAAAACUUUAAAAAAUACCAUAGUGUAUUUGAAAACAUGAAAACUUUCCCAAGAGUAAGUCACUUAGCAGCCAGUCAGUGUUAGACUAGUCAGCCAACAUGGGUUGAUUUAAUGUCUGUUGUCCCCGAUAUAUAAAUAGAUUAUAUAUAAUUAGUAAAUUAUCCUUGAUCAUAAGAAUGGCUCAGACCACUUGUAUAUUCAUGCUCACCAUCCUCUUGAUUAGCAACUUCUAGCUUGUAGCUCCACCUUGCUGGUGUACAGUUAGAGGCUGUAGCUCAUCUGCUGAUGCACAGUUUGUCUUCCAGCCCUUCAAUAAUGGUCAGUUUCUGACUACAUAGCAGCUCUUGGUGGAGCUGGAAAUGUGUUUCUGAACCUGAUGGGUCGCAGCUGUUCACUGUGGGGUCUGGUCGGGUUCACCGUUCACGUUAAGGUUCUCACAGCCCAAUUCCACUACCCAGCUUCCCCCCCUGCUGUAGUUUUUCGCUUUAUUUUAUUUUUCCUCUCUACAUUUAUUACCUUAAAAUGGUUUAAAUCUGGCAUGGAGUCUUCCGCUCAUGUUGUUGACAGAAUUUAGCACUGUAUUCCAUGACACCCAAGCUUGUGAAAAAUGGAUGCGUGGAAAAUAAAACAGCAAAUUGGAGAGGAGAGUUUUAAAUUUACUCCGAAAAAAAUGGUAUGUAUAUUAUAUAGUCUUGUGCAAAAAUUUGAAAAACCCCUGGUUGAUACAUUUUGUUGAUUGAAUUGAAAAUAAGUUCACAUGCUCUACAAAAAAACAAACUCCUACCAAAAAAAGUGGCCUGUGCAAAAGUUAUGGCACAUUUUAUUUGUUUCCAAUAUGUUUAGCUCACAAAUAGUUAUGUACCAAAAUUUGUAGAAAAAUAAAAAGUCCCUGUAAAGGAUGUGCUAACAUAUUUUCAAACAACAAAACAUGUAAGACUGAAUGUAAUGUUCUGUGGAAAGAAAUGAAACUAUAGAAUUACACAAACAAAGGUUGAUAUCUUGCUCCAUUAGCACCGCACAGCAGGAGAACAGCUCAUUAUGGAAAUUUUCAUGUCUUAAAAGGUUACGAAUGUUGUUCAAAAGCAUUACUUUAAAGUUGUUAAAAUGGACAAGUGAUUGGACAACUGAUUAAUUUUUUUUAUAUAGUAUUAUUUUGUUGUUUUUUUUAAAUGUUAGCUAUUACUAUUGCUACAUCACUCUCCUCCUAGCAGUGACAUCUCAGCGACACUGCUGUGUCUGAUACAUUUGUACCAGCAUCUCACACACUGCCAUGUUAGUGUCACUGCUGUGCUGAGAAUAGACCACCACCUGCAUUAUAACUAGUAGAUCUAUAUUGUACACCUGUGUAUUGGAGCUACAGGGUAGAAGUCUCUAAUAAAUUCAAUGAAUGAGUGUAAACUGAAAAGGAUACAGAAGCCAAAAGCUUCAGCUUUUACUAAUAAAAGUGGUAUUCAGUAACAGUGUUACUGGGUAUGUUUACAUGCACAACAAUAUUACAGUCAUAUCCUAUUUCAGCAGUUAUUCAAAAGUGGUCAUGAAAACAGCAUGAUCAGGUUAAAACCCUUAUGAAAUCCAAUAAGGACACCUUUAUUUUCACCCAGUAAUUGAGUUAUUCAGCAUAUUCAGCAGUGGCAGAUAAUUUACAUUUUUUCAUGUUUCAAAAGGUGCAUGCUGGAAUCGUAUUAUUUAGUGAUUAAAGGCACAGUGUACGAUUCUGGAAAAUGAUUAUUGAUAUUGAGCUCAACAGCAAAACAAAUACACCCCUCCCUUCAGUGCUUCUUCAGAAGCUCCAUUUCACACGCACACACUUGGCUGGCAAACGUGUUUAUUUUAGACCUUUGUGGCAAACGUAUGGACAAAUACCAUGAUAUAACGUUAGAGCAAACAACCACACAGCAAGUAAUGUAACUAAUGUUAGCUUGGUUGUGGGUUAGCAAACUGUCACUACAAUUGCUGCUGCGAGGCUAAUCACAAACUACUAUCACAAACAGGAUAAAACAGCAAUGACCUGUUGGUUCUGUGAAACAGCAAAAAUGAGUUAAUGUUACCCACCUGUCAAGCAGAAACAGAGCAGCCUCCUCGUCCCUUUUCAUGCCUUUAAACUCUCAGUGAAGCUGAAGUCAGCUUCUUGUUCGAACUUUCCCAUUCCACCUUAACUCCUGCACUAUUUACGUUCUGGUGCCUCAGCUUCUUCUUCUAAUUUUCCCAUUCUACCUUAUGUCUUGCACCAUUUACAUUCUGGUGCCUUAGUUUCUUGUUCUAAUUUUCCCAUUCCACCUUAAAUGGUGCAGCACUUAGGCUAUAUUCAGGUGCCUCAACUUCUUUUUCGAUUUUUUUUUUUUCCUGUUCAACCUUAAUUGGUGCAGCAGUUACAUGGAAUUUAAGGUGGAACUGGAAAAUGCAUCCACUGUCUGAGGUCUUUCCACUGCUGAAACACCCUUGCCUGAUCCAAGAAACUCCUUUCUCAAUCUUUGUACUUCAGAUCUUCUCCUCUUUGGCUGUUUCUCGGCCAUCUUCUCUUUUUCACGAUGCAUAGAGUUCAGCACGUAGACCCUCCCCUUCCCCCCUGGCUGGAAUUGUGGUGUGUGGCUCGGACCGAGACACUCGGAUUAUUUUCCAUUUACAGAGCCAGGGCUGUAUAUGAACACCAGAUUUUUUUCCAGUGCUCACGCAGAACAGAGAGCCAGUGGAGCGCGAGGAGACAUUGGCCGAAUUUGACAAAGUGUAUUGGAUUAAAAUUCCAUACUGCGCCUUUAAUGCAGGCUGUGAGUUUUCCCAUUAUUAGCAUUCUUAUGUUCUUGUAAACCUAGUGAUUUUCCAGUUAUCAGAUUGAUUUGUAUGUGUAAACAUACUCACUGGCGCACGACACUGAGCAUCAGCACUGUGGAACGGGAAUCUUAGUGAUACAGAUAUUUCACUAUAUUUGGGGAAAGACAGAUUGGAGAAAAAGUUACAGUAGUUUUAACUUGAUGUUCUCUUGGUAUGAAGAGAUUAUUUUCUGCCUAAUUUGUCUGUGAUCUCUUACUAAUUUUAAUUUUUAUUGGACAUUUGUUUUACACUUACAUUAUGUUACUACUUCUUGUUGUUUGUCUGUUCAAAUCAGUUUUAUUCAAAAAAGUACAUUGUAAGGCACCCUGCUUCUGACAGGUUUGAUGUGUAGACCAAAGAAAGUUAUUAAUAAUUUUUUAUUAUCAUAAAUAUUUUGUUAACAUGAAGAUUGUUAAACAUUUUGUUUUCCUGUAUUUUGCUGUAUUAUCUAAUAAAGACUACA